AGGCGUGCUCCCGCCCGUAUCAACUCCACCCCGUCUCACCAACUUCCAUCGCGCAUUCUCUGACCGACUUCUCCUUACAAUCUGCCUGAGCGUCCUCACAGAACCCGUAUUUGCGCAUUACACGCGAUAGAAACACUCAAAGCACACUCAUCAUGGCGGACACCUUCAGAAACGCGAUGAUCAACCGAUCCCUCCGCGAUAUCAAGAACAACCUCGAAUUCCUCGUCGAAUCCAACGUCCUCACCCCGGCGCAACACGACACCAUCGCUGCCCAACUCCCCGUCUCAGCCGAGAACAGCGCGCGCGCCCUCCCCGCCGUGCCCGUCGCACAGCUCUCCCAGAUGAACAUUCAGAGCGAGCCCACACCUCCGCCAGAGAAGAAGAACCCCGCAAACAUCGGCUACUACGCCGACAACACCGCCAACGCACCACCCCCAGCCUACCCCUCCGUCCCCGCUACACCCGCUGGUCCCCCCGUCCUCGCCCAUGCCUCAGCAAUGUACCAGUACAACGCGCAAGACGCGGGCGACCUCGCCCUCAUGCCCAACGACAAGGUCGUCGUAACAGAGUACAUGAACAAUGAGUGGUGGAAGGGACGGAACGAGCGCACGGGUAUGGAGGGUAUUUUCCCGGCUAGCUACGUCCGCAAAGAGGAGAAGAGCGUUGUGCCUGCGUACAGUGGGGCGCCGGCCCCGAGUAACUACGGUAACAUGCCAUUGGAUGUUGCGAGUGGAGCGCAGCAAGGCGGACAGGUGCAGCCAGCGGGUGAGCCGAGUAAGAUGGAACAGAAUGGCAAGAAGUUUGGUAAGAAGUUGGGCAAUGCGGCGAUUUUUGGUGCGGGUGCGACGAUUGGUGGAAAUAUUGUCAAUUCCAUCUUUUAGAUGGAGCAGUAAAAAGGAUGGUAUGUAUGUAUGGAGGGAUGGGCGCGAGGACUGCGCCCUGGCGUUCUGGGUUGUUUUUGGGUUCGUUAUUACGACGUGUGAAUUGCGGCCUGGUAUGGGGUGAAUGAGGUUUCUAUCGGAACUAAUGUGGUAUAGGAAGAUUGAAUAUGAGAUUUCUUCGCUGAUGAGAGUGCGGGUUCGUGUACUGCUUGUGACGUGCACUUUGUGGUUUGGUGUAUUUGUAGCGCAUCAUCGCCA